UAGUCAUUUCUUGGGGGGGAGGGGUGCAAAGAAAUGAACGCCUUAUGCAGAAAGGUGGUGGUCCAAAUAUGAGGGAAACGAUGAAGUUUCCGAGUUCAGAGAAGUCAUUUGGUUUUUUCCAAUUUUACGAGCCUCUCUUCUUCCCUGAGUUUGCUCUGAAACCCAGUACUUUCCCUAACAAGUGAAAGGCUUAGGGGCAAAGGCUUCUAAUUGUAGAUGUUAGAGAUCAUCUAGUGUGGUGCAGAUAAGGGAACAAGACGAGUCCAAAGCUUUGGAGAGACGGUUGCCUCCAGCUCCUAGCAGUCCCCUUUUGUUCCACGUGUCUGACUUGGCACCUCAUUAUUACCUCAUUUAGAGGUGGAAUUACCAUUUAGUAGUUGCUAAUAUCAAGGGAUUUGAGGGCCUACUGGGGUACUUAAGAGAAAGGAAAGGGGUUGAAGAUCGCCGACCCUGUCUAUAUAAUUUGGUUAGAGCAAGAUGUUAAGUAAACUCGAGCUAACAUUAGAAUCACAAUUUAUGAAAUUACUUAAAGGUACAAGGAUGCUAUAAGAACUCAAAGAAAUCACUUGCAAAUGGAAAAAUGUAAAAUCUUCAAUACUCAAAGAUCCCUCCACCCUGGGCAUUCAAAAAAGGGAGUGGGAACACAUAAAUUGCCUCAUCUAUAAUCCCUGAAAUAUUUUCAUUAAUAUUAGGGCCUCAUUCAAGGAGGUUGGAUAAAAUCAACAAUAUGCCUCUUGGAAUCAUUUAAUCGGACUUUUAAGAAGAUUGAAGUUACUUUUCAGGAAACGGAUCUUGAGAAAGAAAAAAAUUAACGGGCGGAUAAAUAAACUUGAUGAUGCUAGGAUUUACCGAGUCUGUCCUGGGUCAGUCCCUUAAUUCUUCUCUCUUUCCCGGCCGCUUCUCCCCUCCCCCUUCUUCAGUUCCUCUUUAUGUGUCGGUUUCUCCCAUCCCCCAUUAGAAUGGAAGCAGCAAGAUGGAAAAUUAAGUUUCCCAGCGUGGAACACAGUGUCUGGCACACAGUAAGGGAAUCAUAAAGGCUUAUCGUCUCACACUAAUGUCUCUUUUUAGAAAAACGCACCAUUUCCACAGAGGGGCCGCUGUCACGCUCUGGCGUGCUCGAAGUGGAAGGAGAAGGAAAGACCUCCAAGGGCCACGUUCGCGACAGCGUGACCCUAGCAUCAAGAGCGACCUUUCGGUCCACACCCCGCCCCGUCCCGAGGCUGAGAUGUCUGGAGAACCGCGGUUCUGUUGGAGGCCCGGGGCAGAAACACCCACUAGGCGACCGCAGCCCGGGAGGAAUUUUUCCUCACGGUUUCUUCCAGUUCUUGGCGCCAAAACAGAAAAAAAAAAAAAAAAGCCCUUGCUCCUCCCUUUGCCGGGACUUUGUAGUACGUAAAAACACGUAACAUUCCGCGGCGCUAAAAUAAUCCCUUCUACACAGACCCCAGGGGAGGUUUAGAGCCUUCAGAGAGCCUCAGAACUCGGAGAAUUAGCCCCCCCAAGGCUCUACCACCCUUUCUUUAGCGGGGACAGGGCUAUCUUUGAUCGAUUUCCACAGCGCAUUCCUCCGCCGGAGUUGAUCUUCUGCGGCCCCACUACUUCCGGGUCCGCCAUUUUGUCACCUCCAUUUCUCCACGAGGGGGGGUUAAAGGCCCCCCCACCCACCCAAUAUGCACUUAUGAAAAAGCCGAAAAAAGUGGCUAGUGCCGACCGGGCGUCCUACUCAGGGGAAAAAAAGGGACCAAACUGGCGGAAGCGGAGGUAGCAGGGUCAGCGGCACCCCUAACGCAGCGCUUCCUGAAAAUACUUGUUCUUAUGCCUAAAGAUGUCUUUGGUGGACCUGGGGAAGAGGUUGCUAGAAGCAGCAAGAAAAGGACAAGAUGAUGAAGUGAGGACUUUGAUGGCCAAUGGCGCCCCUUUUACUACGGAUUGGCUUGGAACAUCACCUCUCCACCUCGCAGCCCAGUAUGGUCAUUAUUCCACGGCAGAAGUACUCCUGAGAGCAGGGGUUAGCAGGGAUGCCAGGACUAAGGUAGACAGAACUCCUUUGCACAUGGCUGCAGCAGAUGGACAUGCACACAUCGUGGAACUUCUUGUCCGGAAUGGUGCAGAUGUGAAUGCCAAGGACAUGUUGAAAAUGACUGCUUUGCACUGGGCCACAGAACACCAUCAUCGUGAUGUGGUAGAAUUGCUGAUCAAGUAUGGAGCUGAUGUCCAUGCCUUUAGCAAAUUUGAUAAAUCUGCCUUUGACAUAGCUCUGGAGAAGAACAACCCAGAAAUUCUUAUCAUUCUCCAGGAGGCAAUGCAGAGCCAGGUGAAUGCCAACCCCGGGAGAGCCAGCCCGGUGACCGGUGCGGUGACGAUGGCUGCGCCCUUCAUCUUCACGUCGGGAGAAGUGGUCAACCUCGCCAGCCUCGUUUCUUCAGCCAGCACCAAGACCAGCACAGGUGAUUCCCACCCUUCACCAGUACAGUUCUCCAAUUCCACCACCUCCGUGCUGGCCACCCUGGCCGCUCUGGCGGAGGCGUCGGCGCCCCUUUCCAACUCCCAUAGAACCCCAGCCAAUUCAGAAGAAAUCAUGGAGGCAAGUUCUGUUGAUUCAGCGAUCCAGCAAGUGGUAGGGAGUGGAGGCCAAAGGGUCAUCACCAUAGUGACAGAUGGAGCCGCCCUGGGUAAUCUCCAGACUGCAAUUCCCACUGGUGGUAUUGGCCACCCAUUCAUUGUGACUAUGCAAGAUGGACAGCAAGUUCUAACUGUACCUGCUGGUCAGGUUGCAGAGGAGACCAUUAUUGAAGAGGACACAGAAGAGGAAGGAGCAGCUGGGGAGCUGCCAGUGGCCAAGAAACCGAGGACAGAAGAAGUGACCGACCCCGUGGAAGGCAGCGAGGGAGAUGAGCCUGACCCCAGCGGACUUUUACAGGAAGAUACAGAGAGAGAAUUGCUGCAGCAGCAGCUCCAAGAGGCCAAUCGCAGGGCCCAGGAAUACCGGCACCAGCUGCUAAAGAAGGAGCAGGAGGCGGAGCAGUAUCGUCUCAAGCUGGAGGCCAUGUCCCGGCAGCAGCCCGACGGCACCGAGAUCACGCUUGUGGAGGAGGUGGCCGAGGUGGAUGCCUUGGUGGUCACGGAGGAAGAGCUGGAAGGGAGGGGGGCUGAAGCUCUGGGGUCAGUGGGGACUGUGGAACCUCACACUGAUGUUGCCAUGGAAACCGUUGCAUCCUAACAUUCCGGCUUAUACCCUACAUCCCCCUUCCUUUUUUCCUUAAAAAAAAAAAGAGAGAGAGAAUAUUAAAAAAUAAUGAGGAUUUUAAAAAAGAAAAUCACAAUAGGACACAGCCCUGUGGGCUCCAGAGAUUUCUUCAUGCAACUGGAAAAUUAAAACAUAAAUUAUGGGAGGAUGUCUUCUGGUAUCCAAAGAAUGGGACCAAAUUUCUCAUAAUUUGUUUCAAGCAUAAAAGUGUAGGGAGUUUGUUUGCUUUUAUAAAUGUAUCCCUGUUUUUAAACCCCCAGAGUUUAUAUUUGUUAUGAUAGUUCCUCUUGCACACCCAGGCUCCUUAGUCAUAUGACCAGCAUGUCACUUGCAAUUUGCCUUGAACUCAGGACAGGUGCCUGUCUGCUAGAUGAAAUUUGGAGGGAGAAGAGGGAGCACCUGCCUUCAGAAGAGCUCGUUGGUCUCGGCUGUCCUGAUCUUGCCCACACUGAAGACGACUCUUUGGCAAUUGUCUGACAAGACUCGAGCUGUUUUGUGUCACAGCCGAGGGGCCUGUUUACCAAGUCUUUGGUAGCCUAACUUGGGGAGUUGUCCAGAGUGGCAGAAGUGGUACCGGAGCCUGGAAAGCCCUGUCCCUCACGGCCGUGGAUUCAGGUCUGGCCUCUGUCCCUGUCUACCCCAACCUUCGGCGUUCCCACCCACCUAUGCCUCUUCCUCCCACUGAGGCCGAACUGAGCGCAUCUCACCGCCAUGGGUCCUUCUGGGCCUGCCCGUUACUUCUCCCUUCGCCUCUGCCUUCCGGGAAGCACUUAGGAGAGCGGCUCAGGUGCCUGUGAACUUGUCACUGGGUCAGAGUUGUCAGCCUUGACUCGGGGCUGCUGCAAGAGGAACAGAAGCCCCCGGGCCACUUGAGGAGGGUCUCCUUCAUUCUCCAUAUGUGCCAGGAUGGAGAUGGAAAAAAAAAUGGUUGUAAAGGAGCAUGAAGAAGGCCGCCAGGGCAGGCCGAGUUGUGUUUCGGGGAAAGGCCCUUCCUCCAACCUUUCUUCUUUUGUUGCAAAGCAGGGGAAGAAACCAGGGAGAGGGGAGCCAUGUCGGCACUGGGGGUCCCCUUAAGGUGGUUGUCAUAUGGAAUGCUCAUGGGGAAGCAUUUUUUAAUUUGGAGAAGAAACCGGACAGUUAACUUGGCUCUUUUUACCCUGAUUAACCAAGCAGGUUGAUGCAGUUUUCCAGAGUUUCAGAAUCAGUUUGGGCUUAGCUCUGAAAACAAGUCAAAAGCAAGUUUAACAAUUUGAUUUGGCCCCCCCCAAGCCUUUGUGGCCCCUCACACCUUCCUGCUGUCUUCUCGGUUACUUUGGGGUGUUUUUUCUAUUCCCAGCUUCCCUUUGGGGAGCCUGAGUGAGAUGUGUGGUGGGAUUGUUUUAUGUUCUCUCUUCAUGUGUGACUUGGAUGCCUUUUUUUUUUUUUAAUUUUUAUUUUUUUUGAACGCCUUUUUUUAAAUCCCUAGAAGCUCUUGGCCAAAGGGCCCUGACCUCUGGGCGCUGCAGAUGCUCUUCUUUGUCUGACAAGUGCAUUUGCUCCCGUGCCCCAGAGCCCCCUCGGUCUGCCCUCAGAUACAAGUUAUUCUUCUUUCCCUGGAACCUCGGGUGGAGGGGGUGGUUCCAAGGACGUGUCAGAAGCUCUUUGGUGGAGAAGAACCGCCGUUUUCUUGCCCUUAGAGAGGUCUUGGUCUUUGGUUGUAUGACAAAGGCUCAAACAGGAUGGUACCAGAGGUUGGCUGAUGUUACAUGAGAGUGAUCCCCCAAAUUCUGUGCGUCUCUUUGGGAUUUGCUGGGGUAGGUAGUUGCCACAAUCCUUCAUUGGUUGGUCUGGCUUUAGAGGGUCCGAGAGGGCAGAAUGGUCACAGAGGGUAGAUGCAGGUCCUGGAGAUUUCGUACUAAGUAGAAGGAAAUUUGGGACCCUGGGGGUUGUCUCUUAAAAUAAAAGCUGCCUCAGAAAUGUCAGUGUUAUUGUCAGGAACCGUCUAAGGGUGAUUUGUCUUAUUCUUUCCUCAAAAAGGAACAAGUGGGAAUUCUUCCUUCUCAACUUUAGGGAAGGUGAGCCAUGAAUUUGUGUCCCUUUCCAUCAUUGUCCGUGGGGACUUCUCAGUUACAAGGGCUCUUUUAGGAUACAGAUGCACACGGGGUCUCACCUCCCCACCCCCCUCUGAUCACAGCUUUAAAUCACACUUCCUCCCAAUUCAGUAACGCCGGGAAUCUGGGACGGAUGAAAUGACUCGUUUUCUUUAUUCUGCUUUGAAAGAACUGAAUUCUUCAUAGGAAUCUCUGUGUAGGGAGUAGAUCAUGUGACCCGAAUGCUUCACUGGUGCCUUGUGUUUACAUGUGGGGGGCAUAGGACACGCCGCGCGCACGCAUGUGUACACGCAGCCCCGUCUUCCACUUCUCUGUUCCUCGGGCUGCAGCUCUGCGGAAAAUGAUGCCGGGUGAAAGCCUUAAGGGAACCGAAAGGAGUGUUUUUCUCCUCAGAUCAUUGUAAAGGUGCGAGGGAGAGGACAGAGUGGUUGGUCUUGCCUUGGCUUCCCUCAGGGAGCAGGCGUCCAGGGCAGGCCUUCUCGAGAGUGUCGGACCUUGCAGCCGGAGCUCCCCGAUUGUCUGGGCCCGGCCGGGCGAUCCUGGCUGCGACUGCUACCCACCCUCAGCUCUGGUCUGCAGAGGAGCCAGAAAAGAGGGAGCCGCUGCUCUCUGUCCUCCUGGCCACGGUGGGAGUCCCUGCCCCCUCCCCCAGCGGUCAGGGUCAGACGUCCCCACGCGCCUGCGGAAUCUCUCCGGACGAGGCCCUCGGGCCUUUUCCUAGCUGUGCAGGCCUGGCCGAGAGGCCAGAGGCAGGAGUGCGGGUGAGCCCAACUGCAGGACCGAAUGCCCUCCAUGCUGCUUUCUGUCACCCUCAGUUCCUAUUUAUUUGAUGAAUUGUCUGAAUGCACCCUUGACAUUCUGCCUGGGGCCGCCGGCCAGGGAGCUCUGAGCCUUCCAGGGCCGAAGGGGACCAAGGUGCUGCUGACACACCGUGUCCCAGCAAACAGUCGUGUCAGCAUCAGGAAAUGGCGGCCCCAGAUCUCCACCUCGUCCCCUCCUCUGACCCCAUCGCAUUAACCACAAUGAGCUUUUUCCACCCGGGGGAACAUGAUUACUUGGUCAUUUCCAUCCCAUGUGUGGGAGUUCCUGUCUCUGCCCUGCACCCCCUCUCCCCAUCCCUUCCACCCUGGCCUGGUUCUGGAGCUCACCCCCUGCAGCCAGGCUGUCAGAACCUCCCUCCCCGGCUUUGCCUUCUUUACCAGCCUUCUAGCCUGCAUUCCCCAGUGUGCCUCCCCCUCAAACCGCUCAGCACAGAAACCAUUUCUCCAAGUGCCCUCGAUUUGUCAAGUUGUCUGACAGCUUUAGAUACAAGACACUUUUAGGAAAACCUAAAUAUUUUCCUUUUUCUUUUUAGGAUGUUAUUGAAAUAGUGUUUGAUUUUGAUGAGUUUGUAUGUAUACAUAUACAGAUAUAUAUUAUAUAUAUUUACAAUUUUGUACAAUUGUUUUCAAAAUAAAGGAGAGAUAUUUCUUAAUAAAACGCCAAAGUUUUACUCUCA